CUCUCUGUGGGCCGCGGUAUCAUUCUUCUACAAGAUGAAAGGCAACUGGCUACUUGCUUUGGUGGUGCCCACGGCGUGUGUCCUGUUUGCUAGCCAUGUGGACACAGCGAACGUGUUGGCUCUUUUCCCCCUGCCAGCAAGAAGCCACUGGUUUUCCCUCAAACCACUCCUCACUGGGCUGUCCCAAAGAGGUCACAACAUCACACUGCUGAUAACCGAGUUGGAGGAAGAUAUACCUGAAAACUGGGACGUUUUCAGAAUUCCGCCGGUACUUCCAACGAUCUUAAUAACCCAAAAUACGAUGGUACUAAGAUCGAUGAGAGGCAAAAAGCUAUAUGACAUGUUGCUGGACAUGGGCAUCGAAAUGUGUGAAAAACUUUUAAGGCAGGAAGCUGUUCAAAAACUGAUGAAUAUUAAAGACAAAAAGUUCGACCUGCUUGUCAUGGAAUACUUCUUCAUGAACGACUGCUUCUUAGGAUUCUCGCACAAAUUCAAUGUGCCCGUUGUCGCCUUGUCUUCUGUUGGAGCGUUUCACUGGGUAACAGAUGCAGUUGGCGAGCUAAGCACGCCAUCAUACAUUCCUGAUAUUUUUAGCGACUAUACAGACCACAUGACUUUCUGGCAGCGUUUAGACAACACCGUGGCUGUGACGUACGCAAGGUACGCUUAUAAUUAUCACUUCUUACCGAAAAUGGAUGAAAUAGUCAAAGAGAAUUUCAAAGAUCCUGCGAUGCCUCGGCUGUCAGCUCUGAGAGCCAACACCUCACUGAUGAUCGUUCAGAGCCACGUGAGCUUCAGUUAUCCCCGACCUCACUUACCCAAUGUGAUUGAGACCGGCGGAAUGCACAUCCAGCAACCAAAGGCACUACCACAGGACUUGAAGAAGCUAAUGGACAACGCAAAAGAUGGAGUAAUAUUCUUCAGCAUGGGAUCUCUCGUAAAGAGUGCGGAUUUUCCACAGGAGAGUAUUCAAGCUUUCCUCACAGUCUUCUCUAAACUGAAGCAACUGGUCCUGUGGAAAUGGGAGAACGACACCAUACCUGGAAAGCCAGAAAAUGUGCAUCUGGGCAAAUGGUUUCCACAGUCUGACUUGCUAGCUCACAAAAACGUACAGCUCUUCAUCUCCCACGGAGGACUGCAGAGCAGUUUGGAAGCGACCGCUCGGGGUGUCCCCGUUAUCGGAAUACCAGUUGGACCUGAACAGAGCUAUAAUGCCCGCAGAAUCGCCAACUUCGGAUACGGCAUCGUACUAGAUGUGCAAAACUUGACUGCCCAGUCCGUGGAGUGGGCUAUUUAUGAAGUUUUGAACAACCCAGUGUACCGCGAGAACGCGAAGAUGCGGUCCCGCCUGUUCUGGGACCGUCCAGAGAGCCCUGUGGACACGGCCGUCUACUGGACAGAGUACGUGCUGAGGCACCGGGGAGCCCCCCACCUGCGCAGCGCCGCCCUCGACCUCUGCUGGUACCAGUACCUCCUGCUGGACGUCGCUGCCCUGCUACUGUCUGGAGCGCUCCUACUGCUUAUAAUCGCUGUCGUGGCAGUCAGGACAUUGUACAGGCUAAUCACUGCAAGAACUUCUGCCCCACACGAACAGAAGAAAAAGAAAACAACGAAGAAGGAAUGAAGAAAAAUUCUGAUCCUAUUGGUGACACGCCACUAAAGACUCUCAGCUCCAAACGCAAACAGGGUCAGCACUUGACGGUACAUUGCGUCCAUGUUUUGGAGGCUCGCAACAGCCUGCUCCUGUAAACACAUCAAACUCUUUUUUUCCCGUGAGAUGUCUCUUUAUUUAUUGUUUUAGAUUAUUUUGCUGAACAUUCGGUAUCUCGACAUUCUAGUCACUCAUACGAUUGAUGAUAGGAAGGCAUACACGAGUGCAUGUCACCAAACAAUGCAGCACAGAGAAUCAUGCUAUUUUACUGCACUUUAUUCGUUUAUCAACUACCCAUUCUCAGUAUCUGCAGUGCUUAGUGUGCACCAAACAGAUGUGAAACGACAAACACAUUAACUGCAAACUAUUUCAUUUAAGCACACAAUUAUCAACACUUAGCUUAAGUCUUGUGCAAUUGACACACGAUUAUGGAGAUAUUAUAGUAAAUAUAUUAGUUUCACCGUAACAUUAAUAUGCACUUUGUAUGUUUUUACGAGAAGGCGCGAAAUAGCACUUCCAGAUAUACGUGUAAUCUAUGAUGAGGUACCGACUUUGGGUUUGGAAUAAAUCUAGUCUUGAACAUUUCUUACAUGUAUCAUUUCUUGUUUUGUAAAUACAAAAUACUCGUCGAAAAUUUCA